AUGAUUUCUCUUUCUGAUUUUAGUGGUGUGAUGGAGACGCCGAUCACUCAGUCUGUUCUUGGGGUGCAAAACUACCUAGAGAUGGCAGCACAGAAGCUAAAGCCUGUUGGCCGCAUUAAGUUCUACAUAUCCAGCCGCACAGACUCCGGUGUCCAUGCAAUCUGCAACUCUGCGCAUGUAGACAUUGAGAGGGCAGCAGGGAAGACCCCAUUUUCUGAGACCGUUCUGGAGCAAGCGUUGAAUCAUCACCUGAUACCUGAACCCAUCCGUGUGCUUAAAGCCAUUCGUGUGAGUGACAACUUCCAUGCAAGGUACAAUGCUUUGUCUCGUACCUACACGUACAGGGUGGUGACUGGAUGCAGCAGAAUAGACCUUCCAGUGUUUGAGAGGGACCUUUGCUGGGCAGCACAUGGAGGACGUCUGAAUAUAGAAGCAAUUCAGGAAGCUGCUCAACUGAUGCUUGGUACUCACGACUUCAGUGCAUUCCGAUCCUUUAACUCAGAUAACAUCUACAAGUCUCCUAUCAAGACUUUGCUCCAAGCAGAUAUCACACCCUCCUCCACCAUGUGGAAUCACCACUUACAAAGCAGGGAAAUGCAGUUUUGGGACUUUACAUUCAAGAGCAGAUCAUUUCUUUAUAAGCAGGUUCGGAGAAUGACUGGUGCACUAGUUGCUGUUGGCCAAGGUCGGCUGAGCCCUCAAAACAUUAAGGAGCUAUUAGUAACCGCGGAUCCUAAUGCAUUCCCAGGCAGUGCCAUGGCGCCCCCUGAUGGUCUGUUCCUCAAGCAAGUGGAGUAUGAUGGGACUGAAUCUCCAGUUGUUUCCACAUAAUAAAGCCUGUUUAACUGUCAGAGGAAAAAAAGGAAGAAAGCUGCUUAUGAUAAUUUCCUCUAAGCUGGCAGAGAUUCAAAGUGCAUUUUCAUUAUAUCUACUUAUUUGUUAGUGAGAGAAAGGAACAAAGACAUCUCUGUUAUAUGUGACUGCAGAUUUGAGUGUUUUGCCAUUUCUGAAUCUAUUCUACUGCCAAGACAUCCAGGCAUUGCAGAGGACAGAGACGACAGCUGGUCGUAUAACAGCGCCAACUCCGUAACCACUACCACUUCCAGGAUGUGUCACUUUCCUGAAUAAUCCUUUAUCUAUAACACAUGAACUGUCAAAACAAU